AUCACAGCCUUUCCUACAUGCUGAAAAUAUCCCAUCAUAAAGGCUAGUAGAGCAUCUAAACAAGCAGGAGAUCAUUCAGAUCAGAUGGAGGAGAACGAGCAAAGACAAGAAGAGGAUGAGGAACGCAACUUCAACACUAAAGGAACUAAAACAACACAUCUGCACAGCUGUCGUCAGUGUGGAAAGAGUUUCAGAAGAAAAUCCAAACUGAAAAAACACAGAAAGACUCACGCUGGAGAGAAACCGUACACCUGUACUGAAUGUGGAAAGAGUUUCUCACAGCUGGACAGUUAUAAACAGCACCAGAAAACACAUGAAGACAAGAGAGAUCAUGAGUGUUUGCAGUGUGGGAAGAGUUUUACUACAGCUGGCAGUCUGAAAAUCCACCAGAGAAUUCACACUGGAGAAAAACCUCACAAGUGCUCAUAUUGUGAGAAGAGUUUCAGUCAUUCAGGACACUUAAAAUCACACGAGCGAAUUCACACUGGAGAAAAGCCGUAUCACUGUACUCAGUGUGGAAAAAGUUUCAAAGACAAAUCCAGUCUGACUUAUCAUCUGCUUGUUCACACUGGAGAGAAGCCGUUUACCUGCACUCAGUGUGGUCAUGAUUUUAGAUCAUCGUCAAAUCUGAAACAACACAUGAGAAUUCACACAAAUGAGAAGCCUUAUGCAUGUCUGUUCUGUGAAAAGAGAUUUUCACGUCUCUGUGAUUGUAAACGGCACCAGAAAACACACACUGGUGAGAGAGAUCAUGAGUGUUUGCAGUGUGGGAAGAGCUUUACUCAAUCUGGCAGUCUGAAAAUCCACCAAAUGAUUCACACUGGAGAAAAACCUCACAAGUGCUCAUAUUGUGAGAAGAGUUUCAGUCGGUCUUCACAUCUGAAAUCACACGAGCGAAUUCACACUGGAGAGAAGCCGUAUUGCUGUCCUCCAUGUCAGAAGAGUUUCAAAGACUCAUGCAGUCUGACUUAUCAUCUGCUUGUUCACACUGGAGAAAAGCCAUUCAGCAGCUAUCCCAUCAUAAAGACUAGAAGAGCAUCUAAACUAUCAGGAGAUCAUUCAGAUCAGAUGGAGGAGAAUGAGCAAAGACAAGAAGAGGAUGAGGAACGCAACUUCAACACUAAAGGAACUAAAACAACACAUCUGCACAGCUGUCGCCAGUGUGGAAAGAGUUUCAGAAGAAAAUCCAAACUGAAAAAACACAGAAAGACUCACGCUGGAGAGAAACCGUACACCUGUACUGAAUGUGGAAAGAGUUUCUCACAGCUGGACAGUUAUAAACAGCACCAGAAAACACAUGAAGACAAGAGAGAUCAUGAGUGUUUGCAGUGUGGGAAGAGUUUUACUACAGCUGGUCAUCUGAAAAUCCACCAAAGAAUCCAUACAGGAGAAAAACCUUACAAGUGCUCAUAUUGUGAGAAGAGUUUCAGUCAGUCUUCAGAUCUGAAAAAACACGAGCGAAUUCACACUGGAGAAAAGCCGUAUCACUGUACUCAGUGUGGAAAGAGUUACAAAGACAAAUCCAGUCUGACUUAUCAUCUGCUUGUUCACACUGGAGAAAAGCCGUUUACCUGCACUCAGUGUGGUCAUGAUUUUAGAUCAUCAACAAUUCUGAAACAACACAUGAGAAUUCACACAAAUGAGAAGCCUUAUGCAUGUCUGUUCUGUGAAAAGAGAUUUUCACGUCUGGAUUCUUGUAAGCAGCACCAGAAAACACACACUGACGAGAGAGAUCAUGAGUGUUUGCAGUGUGGGAAGAGUUUUACUACAGCUGGUUAUCUGAAAAUCCACCAAAUGAUUCACACUGGAGAAAAACCUCACACAUGCUCAUAUUGUGAGAAGAGUUUCAGACAGUCUGGAGACUUGAAAAGACACGAGCGAAUUCACACUGGAGAAAAGCCGUAUCACUGCACUCAGUGUGAAAAGAGUUACAAAGACAAAUCCGGUCUGACUUAUCAUCUACUUGUUCACACUGGAGAAAAGCCGUUUACCUGCACUCAGUGUGGUCAUGAUUUUAGAUCAUCAACAAUUCUGAAACAUCACAUGAGAAUUCACACAAAUGAGAAGCCUUAUGCAUGUCUGUUCUGUGAAAAGAGAUUUUCACGUCUCUGUGAUUGUAAACAGCACCAGAAAACACACACUGGCGAGAGAGAUCAUGUGUGUUUGCAGUGUGGGAAGAGCUUUAAUAGAGCUGGACAUCUGAAACGCCACCAAAGGAUUCACACUGGAGAAAAACCUCACAAGUGCUCAUAUUGUGAGAAGAGUUUCAUUCAGUCUUCACAUCUGAAAUCACACGAGCAAAUUCACACUGGAGAGAAGCCGUAUUGCUGUCCUCCAUGUCAGAAGAGUUUCAAAGACUCAUGCAGUCUGACUUAUCAUCUGCUUGUUCACACUGGAGAAAAGCCAUUCAGCAGCUGAACGUUCAUUUCCAGAUUCAUAUAAAAGCUCAAGUGCUCAUAUUGUGAGAAGAGACUCAGUGGGUCUGGAGUAUGUUCACACUGAGUGUCAGUGGUUAUUAAUAUGAGAAGGCUUUGUUCUGUAUGAGGAAAAGUUUACACAGAUUCAUUUUGUUCAGAAUGUUUUUGACUUGACUUUGGCGAAACUAAUAACUCUAACACAUAAUGCUAGUUUCAGCGAGAGCUCAGUGUUAUUUUAAGUUCUGUUUUAGUUCAUUAUACUCAAAUGUUUUCUCCUGUUGUUCUAAUUAAAGAGCUGCAGCAGAUUUUAAAGCUCCAACCCUGUAGUUUGUUGACAGUAAUAUUGAGAUCUGAAACUGAUGCUCAUGUAAUGUGAUGUUCCUGUUAGUUCAGUCCUGUGUUAUAGAAAUCAGACAGACACAUUUUGUCAUUAUUUUCAUAUAAGAGCAGACGUGUUCACUGGUAAAUAAACAUUUGGCUUUUAGUUUCAUCAGCUUCAGCAUUAACAUUAGUGUGAGGGUUUGGUUGAAGGUAGAGGUUAAUAAAAUAAAAUUUAAUGUGUAAUUUAAUAAAUAAUAUAAAUAAAUCUCGUUAUGAUUACUGUUUUUACAUAAGG